GCCGCUUGACACUUGAAGCGAAGGAAUGAAGUUUGAACGGGGGAAAAAACAACCAGGAAGUUAAACAGAGGAAGAAACGCAGUGGUAGAGCAUCAAACGCAAAUCUAAGAGGGUUCAUAAAGGUUUUAAAAUAACAGCGUUACCUUAAAACAAAGUUGAUUCAUCGGAUUGUGGUCAAAGGGCAUAGUUUGCAACAAGAUGGACAUCGAUCCGGAGCGAGGAGGAGCGGCGGCGGCGGAGCCACAGGACAAGGUGAAGACCUUGAGGGAUCAAGUAGAUGGAGUGAAAGACAUCAUGACGCAGAAUGUAGACCGGAUCCUGGCUCGAGGAGAGAGACUCGAUGACCUCAUGGGCAAGUCAGAGGACCUGCAAGCAGGGGCUCAGCACUUCAAGCAGACGUCUCACAAAGUGGCUCGCACCUACUGGUGGAAGAACGUCAAGAUGGUCGUGGUCAUCGUGGUGGUCGUCCUCGUCAUCGUGCUCAUCAUCAUCCUGCUGGCCACCGGAGUCAUCCCUGUCAGUGCCUCUGCGCCUCCUGUAAUUCCUCCCACCAUCAAGCCAUAAGAGAGAGAGACACACCCACACACACACACACACACACACACACACACACACACACACACAAUGUAUAUACAAUCAUAAACAAACCCAUUCUUAUUGCACAUUAUACAAAGUAAUAUAUAGACUAAAGCAAAUAACUGCUGUCUGGUGAAACCUUUAUUACUUCUAAGUUAGUUUCCACUGGUUAAACUUCAUGCUUUUAUUAGAAUUCAACGACUUUGUGCCUUGGUUUAAGGAACGUGAGCCUUUGAGACCCUUAAACACAAUUUAAGCGUAGCCAUUUUCAACAUUUGUGAGAAAUUAAACAAAAGUGUCUGGGAGGUCUAAGGUCCGUCCCUGUUCUCAGAGGAUGCUUCAUAUCACCACGUCAGUUCCUCUUUGUGGAUUACCACCCAAGGCUUUUCCACCCUGGCAAAGAGGAAGUCAAUUUUAAUUUGCGUAGAUGAAAGUAAUCAAUGUGGAUUUCUCCAGUCUCUUAACUUGACAUUAUGUUUGUCUUGAAUGCUCUCACUGAAGUGAACCUUUUACAGAAGGCAGGUUGGAUAGUUUAAAAGCUGAAAAAAGGCAGUUUCUAAAAGAAAGUGUUUUUGCCGUCAUUGCACAAACGCACCACACAAAUAUGUAACAAUUUUAGGUCACCCUUUAUAUAAUGAAAUUCUGAAUUGUGUAUUGGAUAUGUAUGUUACUAUUUGUGGGCUUAUUUCUUUUCAAAGUGCUUCCCAGUUUCUUUGUAGUUCGACAAUCUAGAAUAAGCAAUCACCAUAGAAAUUCCUUUUUUUUAAAUUUGUCAGUUUAUUGAAUGUAUACACUUAGCACUGCUGUAGUUCUUUCAAAUGUACUGUAAUUAGCUCCUUAUUGGUGUUGAGGGCUCAUGUUUGAGUAGAGAAUAGCACACAGUCAAAGAUUAGGAAACAACUAGUCUCGCUUUGCCAGACCUUCCUCCACUGAGCUGCGGAGGAGGGUCUGGCUAGUCCUCACAGCAUUCCAGGAUGGGAUGGAAGUUGUUUUAGUCGUGCAACAUAAAAACUCAGAUUGGACAGAUAGUCUAGCUAGCUGUCUGGAUUUACCCUGCAGGGAUCUGAGGAGCAGUUAACCAUAGUCCUUAUAAAUCCACCGGAGUUUGGAAUUACAACACAAAGAAAGCGCAAGGUAACGGGACAUCCGAAUACGGACACCCGAAAAGAGUGACAUCCGGCGGAAUUUCCAGCAGACCGAGCGCAAUCUCGGAGGUGGAACGCCGUGGAUAUAGACUAGGAAACAACUGUAAUUCACAAGAAUCCCUGAACUGUGUUGAGUUUCAAAAAACGGUGAGCUGGGACACCACUGGCUACAUCACAAUGUGUCGUUGAUUAAGGCUAUACAAUUUAACUGAUGACAGGACCUGAAGAUGAAAGGUUUUUCUACUCCACAGCAAUGCCUGGUCCUUUAGAAGGGAAGAUUGUACCUCUGUACAGUUUGUGCUCUGCAGUAUCAUUAGUCCUUUUUUUUUUUUUUUUUUUUUUUUAAACAGAUCAUGUUCCUUUUUUCCUUGCUUUUUUAACUCUAGAGAUAUUGCAGUUUAAAUGUCAGGCUUUGGUACUUUGAUUCAGUAAACAAACAAGCCAAUAGGGUCAGCCUGUUUUAUGGUCUGUUCCCACACUAGUAGUUGUGGAAGAUCAGGCUCUUCCAGCCAACCAGCUGAGAGCGAUCAUUUACAGUUACAGCCCCUCCGCCCCCGCUGGCUCCAUGGCAACCAAUAGUAAUAAAACCCACAGUCACAGCUUAUGACUAGGAAAACUUCUUUCAGAAUACAAGCUCGCCUCCCCACCUCUGUCUGCUGUUACAGGACCAGUUUAGAUUCAAAUGGGUCCAAAAUGAUUCCCAUUCUGAACUGUAAAUAGUCAACAUAAUCACACCUUUAUGUAUAUUUGCAACAGCCUUUAACCAAAUGUUGUUAAUGAAAGUAUCUUGUUUCUUUAGAGGCUAUCUAUUUAAUGCUUCAUGUCAUUCAUGUUCUUUCUUUUUUAAUCGAAAAUUAACCAAUAAAAGCUGCAAGUGAUUUCCGUAUAUAUAAACCGAUAAUCCAGACUGAUUAAUCGUAAAAUGGUACAGUUCAAUUACUCUGCUGGUAAUCAUUUUCUGUAAGUGCAGUAGGUGUAUUUUGGAACAAAUUCUCCAUUGUGUGUUUUUGUUACAAGGCUCUGGGGUGCAGUAGUCCUAAUCUCUUUGCCUCUUUGCCUGACUGUUCACUGGCUCAUCCUGAUGCGAUUAAGGCUGUGUGUGAGGACAUUGACAUCACAUUUCUGUUCCUGCGGGCUCCAGCUGCAGCAGGUCCGUCUCUGUCUUGAACUCUGGUCAUGUUGAAUCCACAUUCUCGAAACGGAUGAAAUAACACAGUCCUGCUCAGCUGACCUAUGAUGUAUCUGGAUGUUUGAUUAGUAGAAUCCUCAAGGUCUUAUUCCGAUGACUUAAGGUGUUUAAUGGUUUAAAAUGGUCUGAUGUGAAAUAAAUAAUAUUUACCUCUUC